AAUAAUUCCUACGAGUAAUCGAAGUGUAUAACAUUUUUUUCUCACGCUUCUCAGUCACCAGGGAAAACCCCUUCUCAGCCUUUAAAUCCAAACAAAAGACUUUCAGGUUGAACCUUUCACCUCACAUUGUUCCGCCUUAGUCUUGUGAUGGCUCUAUUUACAUAUCACUGUCAUUACAUAGCCUAGUCAUUAGGUUGCGACCUCACUUGAGUACAGCUAGAUUCACGAGACGGACCUACAUGAUUUAAGUCCUGGCUUUGAGUGAUUGAAGGGAGAGAAUUCACCGAUCUCACAGGGAAUAACAACACAUCUCGACGAGGAUUAAAGUGCCAUAAUGCAGAUUUCAAUUUGGACGUUCAUUAUUCUUUUAUCCCAAGCCGUGUUUCAAUUUACCGCGGCUAUCAAACCUGUAGUUGUUAACUGCAAUGCGCCAGUCCUCUCGACCGUUGCAGUUGACGAAACGCAUCACAAAUUUUAUCCCUACUUCGUACGACUCUACCGUUGCGAGGGCUCCUACAACUAUGAAAGCCCCAACAUCAAGAAAUGUGUGGCCACAGAACGCAGGGAGGUUAGAUUUUCAGUCCAAGAUAUGAAAAACGGGCAAAGGAAGGAAAUAAUUCUCGAGAACCACACGAGGUGUGGCCCUGAAUGCAAGGCAAGUCCUGACGAAUGUAACUUGGAUGUGCAAGAAUGGAACGAGCAAAGCUGCCAAUGCAAGUGUAUGUAUCCUCAUUCACCUCCCCCCGAAAAUGUCAUGAAACGAAGAAAGGGGUUAAGGUGGAAUAGCCGUCUCUGUCAGUAUGACUGUAACAAAUGGGGAUUUUGUUCGCGCGAAAAGAUGUGGAGUAAGGAGGACUGUUCCUGUAUUUGCAAGCCAAUUUAUGAAAUUCUAUGCAACAAUGAUGACAAGUUUAUGGAUCCUAAAACAUGUACAUGUAAAGAUCCAAUGAAAUACACAGCGCCACAAACUGGGUUCAUUACCUACACAGAAUUCGCCAUAGUCCUUGGUGUCAGUCUUGGUUUUGCAGCAGUGGUGAUUAUUUGUCUGAUUGUACGCCUUUGUUCCUUUGGAAAUACUCACGAAACAGUUGAUCAAGGCUAUGAUAAUGAUGCUGUUGAUCAAGGCCAUAAUAAUGAUACUGGUAACUUACAGAAAGUAACAGCAGUCUAACCAACCUCUUGAAGUAAAGCAGUGUGCAAUGGCUUUGCUUUUUGUUAUCAGUACUUUUCAGAAGUCUGUCCUUUUUAAUACAUGUCAAGAGAUUUAGAGGAUUUAGAGGGUCUGAGGUUUCUCUUAAAACAGCCAAAACAUCUAAGUUUUAAUUCUAAUAUGUAGUACUGAUUGCUGAUCCGAGUACUAGGUAGGAGGUUGUAACUGAAACAGAUAAUCAUUCUCAUAUUUUUGUAUUUUGGUUUAGUCCUGAAAAUGGCUAGGG